AUGUCAUCAGAAAAAGAAUAUAAACCAGUGACAGUUGACAAACCAAUACCAAACACCUAUGAUCUUGGUAAUUUAGCAACAUUUGAUCCUAACCCAUUAGAUAAUGAAAAAUUAUUAUCGAAAGAUGAAUCAAUAAAAGAAGAUCAUCUCCAAUCAGUGACUAGAGAUAAUGUUCAAUUAUUAAUAAAUCAAAUAUUAUCUUUACCAGUAAAGACCACUACAGAAACACAUGGAUCUUCCACGGGACAAAAUUCCACCAUGACUUUAAUUCAAUUACCCGAACCAACAACAAUAUUACCUAGAGAAAAACCUAUUCCUAAAGCCAAACCCCUUACUAAAUGGCAACAAUUUGCUGCUAGAAAAGGAAUUAAACCCAAAACUAAAGAUGGGAAAAUGGUUUAUGAUGAAAAUACUGGUGAAUGGGUACCUAAAUGGGGGUAUAAAGGGAAAAAUAAACUGAUUGAUGAUCAAUGGUUAGUUGAAGUUGAUGAUAAAGUGAAAAAUACUGAAGAUGAAUUGAUUGAUCCAAGAACUUUAAAACGUGCUGAAAGAAAGAAGUUGAUUAAGAAAAAUGAAUUACAACACAAACGAAAUUUAAGAAAUCAAGGUGCUGCCUAA